ACCCCUUGUUCCUCCAAGAAGAAAGGAAGACAAAUCAAAAGGAAGAACUCUGCACACCUCGCCUCAAGGGCAGAGCAACCCUUCUCUCACCCAAGAACAAAUAACAUCGAAGCAAGAACCAAAGAAACAGAGGAAGAGGGUCUCUCUAAGCAUUAGGCAAAACACACGCUUCACGUUGAACGCGCAGGUCACGUACGUGCAUCGGUGCAUGGGGCUCCUCGACCAGCUGUGGGACGACACGGUGGCCGGGCCGCGCCCGGACUCCGGCCUCGGCAAGCUCCGCAAGCACGCCUCCUUCUCCCCCUCUUCCUCCUCGGCGUCCGCGGCCGCGGCUGCGUCGGCAGCGGCGGAGGGGGCGGGCGGCGCCGUCGCGACGCGGAGCAUCACCGUGCCGCGGCCGCCGGCGCUGUCCGUGACGUCGCCGCGCAGCGAGUCCAGCUCCGCGCCGUCGUCCCCGGCCAGCGGCGCCCCAGACUCGCCCUUCGGCGCAGCCACGACGCCCAAGGGGGAGGGAUGGGCGAAGAAGCUGCGCAGGAAAGGCAGGAUGGCCGACGGCGCCGGCGCCGGCGCGGAUGCCCCCGGCACGCCGAGGAGCCCCACCGUCUACGACUGGGUGGUGAUCAGUUCACUGGACCGAUGAAGUAGCCGGCCGGCCGGGCUCAAGGCGAGGACUGCACAACGAAACCAUCAGCAGCGCAAACUGAAGGACGGAACAGAAGGGGCGUCCUCUUUCAGAGCGUCUGAUGGCUCUGUCACAUCUGUUCGCAUUUGUAAUUUUGUUGUAAAUCUCUGUGUGAGAUGCUGCUGAUUCUGUAAGCUACUGCUAACUAAGCUCGUCAAGUCGUGCCGUGCAUGUCACCGUGUAGAUGUAGUUGAAGCCUUCAAGGGAAAGCAUGCAAUGCAACUUGUCUGUGAUGACCUGGUGAGGUUAUUAGAAGAGAGAGUGGGGUAAUGCUGUUGUGUAACUGUGCAGAUGCCUCCCCAGGCUGCUGCCGUGUAAAAAGCACUCCGCGAUAACGCGUGGCCGAGCGUUGUGGAUAUGCAAUAAGACACUUUUGUUACCAA